CCAUUUUCUGUUCUCGGCAGGAUCCGAAUCACAAAUCCCACCUACAUCAUGCAUCAGGGUUUCUUUUGAGUAUCAAGGCUCGAGCUACUCUCGUCCUCGUUAUUUUCCAUGGCGAUUGAAAAAAUUCUUAAAGACGAUGCUAGUGAGGAGAAUAAGGAAAUGGCCAGAAUGGCAUUAUUUGUUGGGGCAAUUGCAAUUACUAUCUUGGUUAAGACAACCCUCGGGCCAAAGGGAAUGGAUAAAAUUUUACAAUCAACCGGCAGAGGACGUGAAGUCACUGUUACAAAUGAUGGAGCUACCAUCUUAAAGUCCCUGCCUAUUGACAACCCAGCUGCAAAAGUCUUGAUCGACAUUUCAAAAAUUCAAGAUGAUGAAGUUGGUGAUGGGACAGCUUCUGUUGUUGUUUUGGCUGGAGAGCUUUUAAGGGAGGCAGAAAAGCUAGUGGCUGCUAAGAUUCACCCCAUGACCAUAAUAUCAGGUUAUCGAAUGACAGCCGAGUGUGCUCGUAAUGCUUUGUUGCAGAGGGAUGUAGAUAACAAAGGGAAUGCAGAGAACUUCAAGUCAGACUUGAUGAAAAUUACAAUGACCACUCUGAGUUCCAAAAUUCUCUCACAGGAUAAGGAGCAUUUUGCACAACUAGCUGUGGAUGCUAUUAUGAGGUUAAAGGGGAGCACAAAUUUAGAGGCCAUCCAAAUUAUCAAGAAGCCUGGAGGAUCUUUGAAGGAUUCUUUCUUAGAUGAAGGAUUCAUUCUUGACAAGAAAAUAGGGCUUGAACAAUCAAAACGAAUAGAAAAUGCUAAGAUUUUGGUGGCAAAUACUGCAAUGGAUACAGAUAAAGUGAAGAUAUAUGGUGCACGUGUUCGUGUUGAUUUAAUGUCUAAGGUUGCUGAAAUUAAAGGGGCUGAGAAGGAAAAAAUGAGAGAAAAGGUGCAAAAGAUCAUAGCACAUGGGAUUAACUGCUUUGUUAACAGGCAGUUGAUUUACAAUUUCUCUGAAGAACUCUUCGCUGAUGCGGGAAUACUUGCAAUUGAGCAUGCUGAUUUUGAUGGGAUAGAGCGCCUGGCUUUGGUAACAGGUGGUGAAAUCGCUUCAACCUUUGACAAUCUACAGUCAGUCAAAAAAAAAAAAUCUAAACGUUAUGACAACCGGGUCUGCAAAGGCAACCAAUCUCUUACUGCUUCUAGUCUAGCUUUUAGUCGUGUUGGCGGCAAUAGGAGCAGAAAGGAAAUCAAAGGCGAGGAAAGCAUUACUACUAGUAAUUUUAUGACUUCAAUCAUUGUACAUUUUUAUAUGACAGCUCUCUUAUCACUUACUUAUGCACUCCCUUUGCCUAUAGCUUGGAUUAAUGCAACAAUUUAUCGAAUUUGGAGGGAGAGGAACGACAGAUUGUAUGGACAGCAGCUUUUAUUUGCAGCUACAUUCAAACGCAUUAAUGCAGACACUAUCAGCUGGAAGCUUGGGCUUGGCAGUUCAAUUAAGCAUAUUGCUAGAGAUCAAGAUGACGAUGUACUUACGAAAGUCCUUUCAUUUCGAAUAGAGUGGAUGAUUAGGCAGAUGAAGGUUAAGCCAAAAGUAAACAACAUCAUUAUGAGUAGAAGUCUAAAAGGCUGUUUCUGA